UUUCUCUCUCUACCCAUCUUUUGCUUUNUAUGUAGAAGAAAAACCAAAAGAAAAAGAAUUCAAGAAGAGAUAGACCGAGGCAGCAAAUUAGAGAAAGAGAGUGUGUUGUUCUAGAGAUAGAGAGAGGCCCUCAAAUGUCUUUCCAAAUAGACCAAAGCCCACCAAAAAAGCAGACAAUUUUGCAUGCCACAAAUGCCCCUCUGCAACCUCCCAAAAAAAAAAUCCUCAUUUUCAUCAUCAACUUCAUUGUCUUUCCAAACAACUGUAAUGUUUUUAAUUCUUUUAAAUUAUCUCUGCCCCGAGUUAUGUGGGCUUUUUCGGCCUUUGCCUUGGUCUGUUGGUCAGAUUGUUUUUCAUCCUUUUCUUUUUCUCGUCACAGAGAAAACAGGAAAGCAAAGAAAGAGAACCUCCCCACCUCCCCAAAACUUCUCUCUCUACUCUCUCUACCUAUCUUUUCUUUCUCUCUAUUGCUUUGUCCACACCACACCGCUUUCAUAUUCGUUUUCUUUCACCAUACACCUGUUUUCUUGUUUUUCACUCUCUUUUCUCUUCCUUCUCUCUUCCUCUAUCUGGAUUUUCAGCGAUUGCCCUAAUAUACAAAACUAGUAUCAGUUGUCUGAUCAUCUUCAAGAUCGCAGCCUUUUUUGUGAUCUGAUGCCUAAGAAGGGUAAAGGGGUUGUUUUCGAUUCGACACCAAAUUUUGGUGUUGGGCCGUACGAGGAUGCUAAGGCGAAGCUAAAGCAUCAGAAUCUUAUGCAGGACUAUGAGGAGUUGCAAAAGGAAACUGAUGCUAUGAAGAGCAAAUUGGAGGCGGCUAAUAAGAGGAAGUUGAUUCUCGCUGCUGAAGUUCGGUUUCUGCGAAAAAGAUACGAACACCUCUUGAAAUCAAAGAACAUGGUUUCAUCACAAGAACAUAUGCAGAAGAAAAACCCACUUAAACUAGCUAAAUCCUCAAAGGAACCUGUUUUCAUCACAAAUGAAGCAAGUCAGCAUAUACUACCUAAAGUUUCUCAACCAAAAAAGAGAAAGCAAUAUUUAGUCGAGCAAGCUGCUCUGAGCAAUGCCUUCGCUGCAACUAUCGAUCAAUCUCAUAAUAAAGGAAAACAAACUACAAAACGAAGUUCGACUCCGGUUUCUAAUCGGAACCAGAAAGAAAAGAAACGUAAGAAAGAAGCUGUGGCUCCAAACAUGGCCUUAUUGCACGGCAAAAGCCAGAAGGAAAGUAUCCUUUGUGGUAAUGACAUGGGUUUAAGGAAUCCAACUGUGACCUUCGAUCUGAAUGAGGAUGGUUGCUCUAAUGGGAAAGAAGCAGCUUUUCCUAGCCGAGCUCCGAUUUUCGACUUGAAUGAAAUCUUGACAGGAGAUGAGGAUUUUGGGAUGAAUGUUGAGGCAGCGAGGUCUGAAGAAGCAAAAAAGAGUUUAAUCAGAGGUAUAAACGAGGAGCAGCAAAAUGAUUUGAAGUUGGGUUUGUGUAGAAAUUCUGGGGAAGGAUCAUCUCGUGUUGUGGGGAAGAGGAAAAUUUCGUGGCAAGACCCACUUGCUUUGAGGGUUUGAGGCUUCGGUUUGCUUUGUACCUGUUUUAACAUAUAUAUAGGAACUGGCUGGUUUUAUCUGCUAUACAGAAUGUUAAAAUUAGAAACUAUUUCGUGUGGCUAGUAAAAGAAGAAUGUCAGUAGAUAGUUUAAUGGGACUUGUUUACUCAUAAAUUAGUAGCAUCUUUGGCUCGUUCUGCGUACAGAUAAAGCAGUUUUGAUUAUCAGUUUUGAGUAUAUGACUACAACAGUUUAAUGUUUUUGGAGGUGAUAAUUUACAGAAGUUAACUGCCUAGCUGCCAGCAGCAGGGCUUUUGAAAUUUACAAACAACCCAGUCAAGUUUGACUGUGUUAAAGAGUAAUUGUAAUACUUUUGUCAAUAUUUAAGGGAUUUCUUUGAAGUGCUUUCACA